AUGACACUCCCAAAUUAUUUAAUAGAAUAUAUAUUAUCAUAUAAUAUUUCGCAUGUUAUUUCAAAUCAAAUAUACAAUGGAUCAAUAGCAACCAAUCUCAAAGCAGAUGAACUUGUAAAGUAUUCAUUAAUCUCAAAAAAAAUCUUUGGAAAUGUAUCAAGUGAAAUUAAAGAACGCAGUAAUGAUGAAGCAAAUGUCCAAUUAGUUCAACAUUUAAGUGGAAAAGAGCAUGGAUUGGUUAAACCUCAAGAUCUAGUUAAAAUUGUAAGAUAUUAUUCAGAUUUACAAGAGCUUCAACCAUACCAAUAUAAAAUGAUAAUUUUAGAGAAUAUUAUGGCUGGUGAUGCAAGAACUAUUUUACAAAAUUAUCAGAAUCUACCAGAAAAUAUUGAAGUUUCAUUAUUAAUAGAUGAUAGUGAAGAGUCAUUAAUUGAUGAAAAUGGUUUAUUUGGUUUUAAUAACGAAGAUCCAAACUCAAAAAUAAAAAAGUUAUCAUUAGAAUACCUAGGUCCAGAAAAAUUAUAUUAUGCUUUAAAAUCAAAUAUUAAAAACAUCUCAUACAAACAAAUAAAACCACAAUUUUCAUUUUCAAUUUGCAUCGAUUUAGAAUACAAUUCAAACAAAAUCAGUAUUGAUGAUUUAGUAUUCUCACCAAGUCUUUUAGGCAAUAAUACAGAAAGAUUGACAGUUUUGAGUAGUUUAAAUAGUUUAACCUUUGACUCCAAUGUUGAAACAAUGGUUAGCAAUAUAAACUCAAAAAGAAUUCUCAUAGAGAGAGGCUCUAAUUACUCUGAUACCAAUCAAGAAGGUGCCGAUUCUCAACAAGUAUAUAACAGAAAUUCUGAUAAAGACUGGCAAAUUGUUGUUAGGAAGCUAUCAAAUGAAGCUACAUUAAAAAAAUUGGCAAUUACACACCUUUGUCACGAAUCUUUUAAAUGUAUGAUUUGCAAUGGAAAUUAUCAAGGUUUAGAUUUACCUUUGGUUUAUAAAGGUAUUGAAUCAAUUCUUUCCAAUCCUUUUUUAGUAUCAGUGGACCUAAAUAUACCCCAUGAAGAGUUAAAUCAAGAUUUAAUUCAAGGUUUUGUUGAAGCUAGAAGUAUAAAAGAUCUAAGAUUCGAUUUCAAACAUUUAUUACCAAUUAUCAAAAAUGUUUUAAGUCGAAAUAGAAAUAUUAGAAAUAUAAUGUUAAAGGUUUCAAAUUUAGAAGAUUUAGAAACCUCAUUACAAAUUUUAAGUGACCCAAAGUACAAAUAUGACGUCUAUUCCGUUUCAAUUUGGACCAAUUUUGAGAACUGUACCCAAGUAAAAGAAUUAAUUUCAAAAAAAAGAGUUUAUAAACCAAAAGAAAUUAAUAUUAUCAACCUUUACUAUAGUAAUGAUAGUAAACCAGAUUAUUAUAAGGUCAGUUUUAAUAACACUUCUGUUAAUUUACUCUAUUGGAAUAAUUAA